GGUUCUCUCGAGCUUUGAACUUUCGUCUUGAAGACUGACAAGCUCCUAACUGUGCGUCACUUAUUCUUAUUCCCUUGUCGUGGGUUUAAAGUAUGGUUAAAGUCGGGAUCUUGAUUUUGAGAGCUCAGUUUUGAAACACUUUUGUUUUCUGUUUUUCCUUGCCGCAGCCGCACCUAUUUGAACAUUACCUGCUGCCGGUAUCUCACUCUGCCUGAGUCCUUAUCUAUUCUUCCUCGGCUUUUUCAACACAGUUCUUUUUUGUCGAAUCUCGAGUUCGCUGAUCGCCUUCGGACAUCUAAAUUAUAGUUGAAAGUGUUCAUCAGCUUGAUUUAUAUCGAGUUGACUUGGUGAUAAAUUUUUUUUGGAGUAACUCGGAGUAACUCAAAAUGGAGCCUUCUGUUAAAGUCAAAGAAGAACUAAACUUUGAAGAAAUAUUUGUCAAAGAAGAAUAUGAGUCACCUGAAAGCAACAGCAUUGUUCAAACAGAUGUAAGGGAGGACCCCUUAUUUAUAGAUGUAAAGGCUAAGUCGGAGCCUGGCUCAGUCCUUGAAGAGAACGUAAAGAAAGAAUGUGAUAUUGGAGAUUAUGAUGAGAAUCAUGUUAAAAGCCUCUCUGAAACUUCUCUGACGGUCAAUGGAAAAUCUUGCGAAGAGGGAACUAAAAGCACUACUGAUCCUCUGAUAUCUGUAGAAUGUAAGCCAGAAGUUACUUUUUUCUCCGAGGGAGGAUCAAAAAGCCUCAAUUUAGAUUUUGUUGAAGCUCCCUCUUCUGCCAGGAAUGCUUUUAUGUGCGUGUUUUGCCGCCACACAUGUCAUUCUAGAUUAGCUCUGGAUAAGCAUGUUUUAAAGUGUAAGGGCCGAGAGUCGCUGCAGUAUUUGGAAACCAUUGGACAGCAGUUGCAUUCAGGAGCAUUCCAACAGCUACCCAAGACCACUUCAAGGAAAAGGAAGCCAGCCGAAAGGAAUCACAUCUGCACUUUGUGUGGAAAAGCAUUUCCAGCGGAAAGUAACUUGAAGCGGCACAUGUACAUGCACACUGGCGAAAGACCAUUCAAGUGCGAUCAAUGUGAUGCAACAUUUAACCAGUCAGGUAACCUGCAGACGCACCAGAAACACCGCCACUCAGAUUUGCGACCGUUCUCAUGUCCUAUUUGCUCAGCAACAUUCAACUGUAAGGCAACUCUGAAGCUUCAUGUCAUUGGCCACUCGGGGGAGAAACAGUAUGAAUGUGAUCUUUGUCAAAGGAAGUUCAUGCGGAGAGAUUCGCUCAGGGCUCACAUGAGGAAGCAUUCUGGAGAAAGACCAUUCGUCUGUGAUAUUUGCCAAGCAAAUUUCGGCCAGAAAGGUUAGAUGAGUGUCUCAUACUUCUCUUAAUCAAUUUUUGAGAAGAUGAGAUUGUCUCUAAGCUUUGUCCAUUAAGGUAGUUACACAAUGCACAUGAGGAAGCAUGCAGAUGAGAAGAGGUUUGGUUGUGCACAUUGUCCAGCUCGAUACCUUCAGCGCAUCAGUCUCCAGCUUCACCUCCAAAAACACACUGGC